UUUUCAUUUAACGGAUGACGGCUAGUCUAAGUACGGAAGUGAAUGACUGUGCUAUAAUUAAUAAAUGCUAAUCCUUAUCAAUCAAAAGAAAAAUAGUUUUUGGUUUCACAUGAAUAAUUAAUAAGUAAAAUGUAAAUCAUAAAUCAUUUUACUUUUCCUCAUGUGUCUUAUGAUAACGCAUGUAUGUCUUGGUUGAAUAUUUCCAUUCCGGAGCAUUUCAACAAGAUUCAUGUUUGUUUUAACGGAUAUUGAAAGGCUAGCCCUCUUGUCCGGAUGUACAGGUUUGUUGGGAUUAGUCAUCCUUGUUACGGCAUGUUUCGUCUGCCCAGCCUGCUGGUUAAACAAGAAGAUAACUCAAAAGCAGAGGAGAGAUGUAGAAAGCAAUAAAACACAUUAUGUGAGGAACAGUUUUCAGUUAAGCUUCUUAGAAAAGGAUCCUCCUCCACCGUACGAAUCAGCAGCUAGAUCGUCCUUUGUUGAUGCAAAAUCUCCCGACUUUAAUAAGCGUUUGGUUUCAGUAAAUAGUAUUUCAAGCAACUGCUCAGACACGGACUCUGUGACUGGAAUUCCAUUACCUCUCCUCAGUGACACAGAAGUUCCUGUUAUUGAGGUCACUGAAAACCCUCCGUUCGACAGAGGAAAUGUAAGCAUUACUCUCCAAUACAAACGAAUAAUUGGAGAGGACAAGAAAGUGUUCAACCAAUUACGGGUGGACCUCAAAGAAGCUGGCGAACUUCAGACUAGAGCAUAUGGUGGAAGGUGUAAUCCAUACUGUAAAAUCGGCCUCUAUGAUGCUAAAGGUUUCAACAAGAAAAGACGUAGAAAAUCUGGACCUGUACCAUUGCACGAAUUUCACUCCACAGUAGUAAAGAAGAGUCAACAUCCAGUAUUUAAUGAGUCCUUUUUCUUCCCUUUGGAGAACAACAAUUUGAAAAAGUGCGUUUUGAAGAUUGAAGUUUGGGAUCAGGACAAAUUAGUCAAUGACACCAUCCUAGGGGAAACUAAUUUUCUCCUGAAAGAUGUUGCUUCAUUUUUGUCUCAAGAACCAUCCAAGGAACUUGAUGUCAGUUUGAAACUCGAGGACUCUAAAAUCAACAAUGGGCAACUGCUUUUGGGGCUUUGCUAUCUACCUACAGCAGAACGGAUGACUGUUGCAGUUUUGAAAGCCAAUAAUCUGAAGAAAGUCAAUGAAGUUCAUGAGGGUGCGGAUUUUUAUGUUCAAGCAAUGGCAAUUUAUGGAGGAAAAAUAUUUGAGAAAAGAAAGACCUCUCGCAGAUCUUCAUCGCAAUAUCCAGUGUUCAAUGAGAUGUUAAUGUUCGACGUUCCAUUUUCAAAGCUUGACCACGUAGUUUUGUUGCUUGCAGUAUUCAGCACAGUUCCACAAGCAUCUUCAAACAGCCAGGAAGUGCAGUUAAAAGUGCCUGGUAAGGAUACAUGCAUAGGAAAAGUAGUUAUAGGUUCUACAAGCAGGAAGCACAGUUUGAAUCACUGGACAGCAAUGCGAAAUGCUCCAAGAAGGCAAGUAAUACAAUGGCAUGAGUUGCGUUGAAAACAUUUGAAGUUUGUGCACUGCACUUUGUCCGCUGCUUUUUCAGAAUAUCAGAGACAAUUUUUUUUCUUAUAAGGUAUCUGACUCGAAAGCAAGCGGAGUAUAUUGAUUAUGAUUAAGCCCCAGGGCUAUUAUGGAUGUGAUUGCUAAUGGAGUAAUAAAAUACUAAACAAUG